AUGAACUUAUAUACAAGAUCACACUACCCUACAACAACGCCAAACACCACAUUCCCUUCAAAAUCUAUCAUCAUAUUACUAUUAAUCAUAACAAUCAUAAAUCAAGUGGGCGCUUAUGUUCAUCCAAUAACAAUUCAUGGUCAUUUCUUCGUUGAUAGUAUAACCAAGGAACCAUUUUAUAUUAAAGGAAUAGAUUAUCAACCGGGAGGUUCAUCAGCAGUAUCAAAUCAUAAAGAUCCAUUAUCCGAUCCUAAAAAAUGUGCUCGUGAUAUAAUAUUAUUUCAAGAAUUAGGUAUAAAUACAAUCAGAAUAUAUUCUGUAAAUUCAAAUUUAGAUCAUGAUAUCUGUAUGACAAUGUUAGCAUCUGCUGGGAUUUAUUUAGUACUUGAUGUUAAUUCUCCAUUGCCUAAUCAUCAUUUAAAUCGUUAUGAACCUUGGACAACUUAUAAUUUAUUUUAUUUAGAAAAUGUUUUUAAAAUAGUGGAACAAUUUAGUCAUUAUAAUAAUACUUUAGGUUUUAUUGCUGGGAAUGAAAUUGUGAAUGAUCCAACUUCUGCCAGUGUUUCACCAGUAUAUAUAAAAGCCAUGAUUAGAGAUAUUAAAACCUAUAUUCAAAUCAAUUCUCCAAGACAAAUUCCUGUGGGAUAUAGUGCCGCAGAUGAUUUGAAUUAUAGAAUGUCUUUGGCAAAAUAUUUGGAAUGUAGUAAUGAUAAUCCUAAUGAAUCAGUUGAUUUCUAUGGGGUUAAUUCAUAUCAAUGGUGUGGUGAACAAACUUUUUAUAGUAGUGGAUAUAAUAUCCUAGUUGAUGAUUAUCGAGAAUUUACAAAACCAAUAUUUUUCAGUGAAUAUGGAUGUAAUGAAGUCUUACCCCGAAAUUUCGAUGAAGUUCCAAUAUUAUAUACAAAUGAUAUGAUUGAUGUUUUCAGUGGUGGUUUAGUAUAUGAAUUUACUCAAGAACCAAAUAAUUAUGGAUUAGUUGAAAUAUUAUCAAAUGGUGAUGUUAAAUUAUUACGAGAUUUUGUUCAAUUAAAGAAACAAUUUGAUAAUUUACCUGAUUUAGAUUAUUCAUUCGUGGUAAAUUCAAUGAAAUCAAAUGCAAAACAAAUUCAAAAUAAAUUAAAACAAUAUAAAUCUUCAAUACCAAGAUGUGAAUUAAGUUAUACCAAUUUAGAUGUUUCAUUAGGGUUACCUAAUUCAUUAGCAGAAAAUUUAAUUGAAACUGGAGUUAGAGUUAAACAUGGUUCAUUUAUUGAUUUAAAACAACUGGAUCUUGAAAGUAAAUAUAAUAUUUAUCAAGUUAAUGGGGAAAAAUACCCAACCUAUAAUUCAAUUGAUAUUUUGAUAGAUAUUGAUGAUCCUGAACAUCUGCCAAAAGAACAGCACGAUCAUUGGGAAAAUCCAGGAAAAGGUCAUUCAUCAACUAUCAUCCCCACUAGCACUCCUACUACUAGCACAAUCACCGGUCAUAAGAAAGCUAAACAUACACAGAUUAUCGUUGGAAGUAGUACGUAUCCUGAAGAUAUUUCUUAUCCAUCAGAAGAAAAUACUCCUCCUCCAGGUGGAAUAGAUGUAGGGGGUGAUUAUGAAAAUAAACCAAUAUAUGAUGAGGUUGAUGCGGAUGAUGAUAGGGUCAGUAAUGGAUUUAUGGCCGUGGUUCAAAAAGUAGCCAAUUCAUUCAAAAAGCUAUAUUCUAGUCUAUUUAAUUAA